AUGGCUGAUCCGUCCGAUGCGCUCGUGCUGGCCUUGCACGAAGUCGAGGCUGUGAAAUUCGGCAGUUUCAAGCUUAAGAGCGGAAUAUGGUCGCCGAUUUACAUUGAUCUGCGCGUGAUCGUAUCGUAUCCGAAGCUGCUGCAGCAGGUGGCCGACGCGAUGUGGGCGCUCGUGUGCCCGUCGGUUGUCGGCGAAUCCGAUGCCGCUGCGAAAUUCGACAACGUCUGCGGAGUCCCGUACACCGCGUUACCCAUCGCCACGGCCAUUUCGCUCUCGCGAAACGUGCCGAUGGUCAUGCGAAGGAAGGAGGUGAAAGGGUACGGAACAAGGAAGGCCAUCGAAGGGGCCUUCGAGACCGGCCAGCAUUGCCUCGUUAUUGAGGACCUCGUUACAAGCGGAGCAUCCGUUAUGGAAACUGUAGAACCGCUUAACGAGGUUGGGUUGAAAGUAACUGACGUGGUUGUCCUUAUCGAUAGGGAACAAGGCGGCGCUGCGCAUCUGGCGGCGCGUGGGCUGCGCCUCCACGCGGCGCUGACUCUGACACAUGUCGUCACGGCAUUGGUCAAGCACGGCAAGCUGACCAAUGAUGUGGCAGAAUCCGUGACCAAAUUCAUCGCGGAAAACCAAACCGCAAACCCCGCCGCUGCUCCCGCCGCCGCCCCCGCGCCCGCUGUAACGGUUGCCCCUGUAACCGCCGCCUCUUCGCGAAAGUCGUACGCCGCUCGCGCGGCCCUGGCGAAAAACGAGGUGGGGCGGCGGCUGUGGGAGAUCAUGGAGCGGAAAAAGACAAACCUGUCAGUGGCUGCUGACGUGGAGUCGGCGGAAGAGCUGCUCAAGCUGGCGGAAACGGUGAGCAGGCGGGGUGGGGGGGGGAACGGGGCGAGCGGAACGUUGGGAGGGAGGAGGGGAGGGUGGGGGAUGGUGGGGAAGGGGGAGCGAAAGAUCGGGUCGGAGAUCUGUGUGCUCAAGACGCACGUGGACAUUCUCCCGGACUUCACUCCCGAGUUCGGCAAGCGCAUCCGCGAGAUCGCCACGCGGCUGGACUUCCUGGUGUUUGAGGACCGCAAGUUUGCUGACAUUGGUAACACGGUUACCAUGCAGUACGGCGGGGGCGUCUACAAGAUCUCCGAAUGGGCUGACAUCAUCAAUGCGCAUGGCGUGCCGGGGCCAGGCAUCAUCCAGGGGCUCAAGCAGAAGGGCGGGUCCAUUCUUCUCCUGGCGGAGAUGAGCUCAGCAGGCACCCUCGCCCACUCCACCUACACGGCCGCCACGCUGAGAAUGGCGCUCACCGACCCGGAUUAUGUCAUUGGCUUCAUCUCCAUCCAACCUGGAGGCUGGCGUAGUGGUGCCACUGCCGCUGCCGCCGCUGCUGCUGGUGGGGCGUGUGAGGAGCUGGCGGCGGCUGUGAGGGAGGCGGAGGCGGCAGGGGUGUGGGAUACGUUGGUGCACAUGACGCCGGGCGUGCAGCUGGCGGCUGGAGGGGACGCGCUGGGUCAGCAAUACAACACUCCAGACGCUGUGAUCAAGCAGCGGGGGUCCGACAUCAUCAUAGUGGGCCGAGGAAUCAUCAAGGCGGCUGACCCUCUGGAAGCUGCCAGGAAGUAUCGCGAGGCUGGGUGGGCGGCGUACGAGGAAAGCCUUGCUGCUGCAGCUGCUGGUGAAGGUGCUGCAGUCUAG